UGGUUGUGAGAUUGUCAAUCGGCCGAGUGGAGUGUCUGGCUCUCUCCACAGCCAAGUCGGAGUUGUCAGCGGUACCACCCUGGUCUCAUUACACGACUGAUAUCGGAAGCGACGACAAGUCCUAUGUCCCAGUUUGGCCUCUCACUGGCACCUUUGAUCAACUGACAACCUUGUAGAUGCUCAGAUCAAUGAAUGCUGGCACUCUGGACUUGCUUUUGGCGACAUCUUGUGUACUUGUCCAAAGAUUUCAGUUUGCACGUGCAAACCACUCGGUGCCACGCCGGUCUUCUCUGACGAAUGCAACGUGUCUGGUCUUGACUCUUCCGAGGCUUCUAGGGCCGCUGAAACCUAUGUCCAGACACUCCGACUUAGUUCUCCAGCGAGAUGAAGCCUCAACACCACCUCUCUACCCUCCCAGACCUCGCUAUCGUCCUCUUUCUCCUCUCCGUCCUCUCUACAAAAGAUUGUUAUUGACUCUUACUCAACCACAACUCAACAAACAGGUCGGUUAGCUCAGUUGGUUAGAGCGUGGUGCUAAUAUCAUCCGAUGUCCUCCGAUAUCAUGCGAUACGUGGCACGCCAAGGUCGCGGGUUCGACCCCCGUACUGACCAGUACACUCUUCUUUUGCUGCCUACACGUCUGUUAGACGUUGCGGUGAGUCAGAAGGAUC